UUGAAGUCUACAUACUUUUUUUCAUUCCUGACUCAUAUGAGGUCAACUUGACCUUUGACCACUGAAAUCGAAUUAGUUCAUCUUUGAGUCCAAGUGACAACUAUUAACUUUUUUAAGAAAUUCCCUAAAGGUAGAUUUGAGACCAUGGUUAAGAAGCCAAAAGCAUGUUUUAUGAGGCCAUCGUGACCUUGACAUUUGACCCUUGACCACUAACUACUUGGACUCCUCCUUGAGUCCAAGUGUAUGUGUCAGGUGCAAAUGAAAUUUCCCCUGAAGGCUUUUGAGAUAUCACAUUUACAAGAACGGGACGGUCGGAGGGACAUAAAACCUGAAAACAUAUUGCCCCUGGCCACUGGCUGUCAUUAGAUUAGAUUAGAUUAGAAUCAACUUUAUUGUCAUUAUACAGAGUACAAGUACUGAGAUAACGAAAUGCAGUCAGAAGUGCAAAAAAGCAGUAAAAGUGCAGAGUAUGUGCAAAUGUAAAGUUGAAUAUGUAAAUAAACAAGAUAUGUACAGUAAGAAAUAGAUAUGGAAUAUGAAUAGUAUUGAUACAAGACUAGCAGCAAUAGAAGUUGGUAGUGUAGCUAUGAUAAGUAUAUAUAAAGUGCAGGUGUUAGUAUAAGUGGUGGUAGUAAGUGAAGGCAUGACAAAAUUAUAUAUGGAAAACAGACAAGAAAUAUUCAUAAGUUUUACAAAAAAAACGUCACUGUAAUAUUUUAUUUCCACAAACCAACAUUCUAAUUCAGGUACUCGCUCACACAAAUCAGGAAGUCUUUGCAGUGUCACUGUCCACACCACAGUCUGAAAAGUGGUGUAACAGCAGUUGAAAAGCAAUGGCCUGUAAAAAGUCACAUCUCAUUAUUCAGGCUUUAAUCAUCGGGAACAUGUACAUUGCUUUUGAACCUUCUUUUUACACUACACAGUAUGGACAAUCACACUCUUGCUAUGGUUCUUUAUUUAGAAAGAAUUUGACAUAUAUCAAGAAAUCUUGACAACAUGGUCAUUAAAUGGCCUCUAAUUACUCACUGUCUGAUUAAAAAUCUGAUUCAAUCUUAUUUUUUGGAUCAAACUAAAUCUAGUCAUGUUUUCUUUAUUUGAAAGUCUUCUAAACACAAUUAUUUCUUUAUCCAUAAAUGUAUGAUCUGAGGUGAAAAAUGGACGGAUGAUGCAUGAAUGAAUCACCUCUCCAUGUCUAGGCCUGGGAGGAAACCCUGUGCACUCUUUUCUAAAAGGGAAGUGAAGACUUGCUUGUACAGCACUUUGGUUUUCUUUUCAUGCAGACACCACUGUCAGCACAUACACUUUCAGCAUGAACCACUCAGCUGAGUUGUCUCCUUCAGAGGAAAUGGCCCCUGAGGAGUUUGAUGGUGGAACAGCAGCGGCUUGUGUGAUCCUGGGUCUGUCCUUCCUGGUUGGAGCCCCGGGAAACCUUCUGGUGAUCUGGACCAUCCUGAGACACAUCAAGCAGCGUUCCCACACCGUGGUGCUCAUCCUGCACCUGGCUGUUGCGGAUCUGCUGGUCCUUAUCACCCUGCCUCUGUGGAUCUACUCCCUGGCCCACUCCUGGGUGUUUGGAGAGGCCUCCUGCAAAGCAAUAGUGUUCGUGAUCACUGCCUGUAUGUACAGCAGCGUAUUCCUCAUCACCCUCAUGAGUGUGGAACGUUUUUUGGCUGUGCGUUAUCCUUUUGCUUCAGCUGACUGGAAAAGGAAAAAGGCUCUUGAUAAAGUACUGCUGACUAUGUGGAGUUUAGCGUUCUUGUUCAGCAUCCCUGUCAUCCCAACUCAGGUUAUGGAUACGGAGUCUGGUGAGGAGCAAUGUCUGUAUCGGGAGUACACUUCUGUGACGCAGGAGCUGGUCUGUGUGCUGCUGGAGACAAUGGUGGGCUACAUAAUACCUUUCUCCAUACUGGUGGUCUGCUACGGCUGCCUGUGCAGCCGGAUUACUCAGAUGACCUUCAAGUCCAAGCGCAAGUCUACUGUUCUCAUUGCCAGUGUUGUGGUUGUGUUUGGCCUUUGUUGGACACCUCAUCACUUGGGAAAUAUCAUCUCACUAGUCAUCCUGGGCAUCCAAGGUUCCUAUUCUGAUGCAGCAAACUCUCUGGAGGGCGUCAGGGACACCAUGAUCUUCAUCGCCGGAGCCAUGGUGUUCAUCAGCAGCACUGUAAACCCCCUCCUCUACAUGUUUGCAGCUCGCACCUUCAGGAGCUCCCUGCGUGACACCGGCAUCCUGAAGCUCUUCCGACACAUCUCCGGCACGUCCCCAGGUGAAGGCAACAGAGAGGUGUCCUUUGUGUCUAGGAGACAAAGCAAUCAGACCAACAGCUCCCAGUGUGUGUUGGAGUCAAAAGACCAAAUGGACAUCUUGAUUAAAAUGUGUGAAAAUAAUGCGUCCUGAUAUUGAAACUGUACAGGUUGUACAGCUCUGCUCCGUGUGUCUGUGUGAAUAUCAUUAUUUUUUGCAUUUUUAAAUUUCAAUACACAGAUUAACAGGAUGUCACUUCAUCUGUGUCAAUACUCGUCUAGAUCUGCAAAUUACCAAUUUUUCAUGAUUUGGUUUGCUUUUACAUCGUGAACAUGUAUUUAUAAAAACACUAUAUUAUGUACAUAGAUUUAUGUCAUUUGGUAUUAAAAAAUUGUACUGUAA